AUGCCACCAACUGAUGGAAACCCAGCCAGGGAGCUGCUGCCUCGCCCGGACGCGUCAGGGUCCAUCCGCCAAUUAGUAUCCUUACUUAAUCAGUACUGUUCUGAGGGUAGUUUCGAUACCUUGGAGGCGGUUGUUGGAGAGAAUGAAAAUCUUAAACGAGACAUUGCGAAGCUCCAAACCGCAUACGAUACGAACAUACAAGCACUGUCCCGGCAUCAGGUUGAGACUAAAAGACAAAAGGACGAUUUCGAAAAGCAACUGAGCUCCCAGAGAGCACAGGAUGAGGCAACCCUCAAAGCAAAGCGAGCAGCCGAGGAUAGUGUCAAGAAACACAAAGCUGAACUGGCGGCGCUGCAAGACAAGCUCGAAGUCCAGUCGUCAUCUGCCAAACAGUUGAUGAAUGAGAUCAAGAAAAAAGAGUCCACGAUCAGCUCUCUCGAGGCUUCCAAAGCAUCACAGCAGCAAAAGAUGACGAAAGCCGAACAGGAGCUGGCAACACUGAGAAGCGCGCAAGAGUCUAUGCAAUCACGCAUAGAUGACUUGACCAACAACUUAGAGGAAGCGCACGGAAGAUUGAUGACGUUUCAUUCCAUCAUGGUCAAACUUGAUAAGUUUGAGGCCAGAAGAGCUGAAGUGGGAGAUGCUUUAGACAGUAUACUCAACAAUGGUCUCGGUUUUGUGGAAUCAUCCAUAGGCGUUGCUCUAGACGACACAUGCUUGACCGACAUGGGAAUGUGGGGAAGGGUUCGGAAUCACGCUUCGAUCCAGCGUACUAUCCCACUGCCUGCUUCUAACUCUCCGGCCGCCAAGCAAAUGAGAGUUGCUGCCGGUCUUCGAAUAUAUAGCAUGGCCCUCGUCGACAAUGUCUUUAGAUCAACCUACCUCACCCAGACCAAUGACCUUGAUGAUGUUCUACGGGACUUGGAGACAGAAGACCCACUGCAUGAGGCUUUCGCACGCGCGGUUCUGUUAAAGAUACAGCCAGCGAGACAAGCUCGAACGAGGGAAGUUCGCGUCAAGAUGGUCGUUGACCAAGUAUCAGACGCCAUCGCCGACCUGGUCCCCAUUUCGCGGCGAGAAGGCUUCGAGGCACAUCUGCGUCAGGUUUCGACGGCGGCAUGCAAUGCCUGGUCAGUUGUUCAGCAGCUACUGGAACCAGUUCGUCCGGUUCUUUUCUCGCAUAUGUCUGAUGAUUGGGUGGCAUUCCCGCCAUCAACAGCCCAGCGCAACAGCAAGGCUGGGCCGUCUAGCGAUGCUCGGGAGCCCUUGGUAACAAAGGCAGAGAAAUCGGAUCGGCAAGGCCAAUCGCCUAGAACUGAAUCUCAAUCAGUGGAAACAGACGACAUCAUACAAGUUGUCUGGCCGGCAUUCUCUAUCCCAUCUUCCCAACAGGAGGAUGAUGUCGGUUAUCAAGUUCCAGAAAUGGUUCACCGAGGGUACGUGAUCACACGGUCGCAAAUCAAGGAGGCGGAGAACGAGAUGUCUCGUAGGAGUGCGAGAAAGAACGCAAGGCAGAACAGUGCACCAAGCUCUGCACAGAAGAAGAGGCGAGAUUCGGCAGUUUUUUUAUCCAAGGGUUUCUCGACCGGUGUCGGUACCGAAAAGGGCCACUGA